AUGAGUGACAUUAGUUCUAGUGACCUGGGUUCCAGGUCUCGAACUGCUAGUAUCGACUCGCAAAUGUUUGCCAUUCCGGAUGACACGGAAGAAUCCAGGUGGCAGCUUUCGGAGAGUAGCAGCAGUGGCCGGGAAGAUGAAGAUAGCUCUAGCGAAGAAGGUGACGAACAGACUAGCGAGAUGUUAGAAUUGGAUCGAGUUGGACAAGAAACCAGUCAUACAUUUACUAUGGGGCAGUUGGAAACACCAUUGUUCGACAUUUCCAAAUACAUAUUUCAGUCGCUUUCACAGGCCCUUAAUACGGCGGACUUCUCUCAGGCCAUUGCCGUCCAAACAAGAACCUCAGGUUUGAUCAAUUCCAAAAGCAGAGAACUUCAGAAACUCGUGAGCACACUUCAAGAAAAGCUAGAGCACUUUGAAGUGCGCUUUGCUCAGGGAGCACGUACGUCUAAUCGCAUUUCCAAGAAUUUGGGGCAGUGUGCGACCCAAAUCGAAAAGAUCAACAGGGUGUUCCAACGAGAAUACCCAAUUGAAUUUAACCAGGUUCGAGAAGAGGUCUUAGAAAGAAAAGGUUCUAGUAUUCAUUAG